AUUUUUUCUGUUAAUGUGCUAAUAAGCUAUAAUUAAUCGAGACAUAUAUGUGUAUAGAAUACAUGUGCAAGUCGUUCCUUCGUCUAUAGCUGAACUUCUAUAUUCGUUCCAUCUUUUAUCUUUUUCUCUCUAUUGUGUCUAAUUAUAUAACUAUUUCAAUUGGCGCAGUACGUUAUAAAGAACAGAUCUUUUUUUUAUUCCAUCCAGAUCCAAACAAAUGGAAUUUUUCCACUCAUGCGUAGUGGAAUAUAAAAAGAGAGAGAGAAGUUCUAGAGUGCGGACAUGCUCGCAUUUUAAGUGGAUGCCCGUUCACGGCGCGGCGCUUCUGCGUGCACAAAAUGUGGACAUUGAACUACGUAGCCAAUAUGUCCACAAAUAUUUUCAACAGAAAUAUGAGAAACGUCUUAUGAACGUCAGAAGAAACGUCAUAAGUUUAAUUUAAAAGCUCGAAUCUGUCAAGGCGUCACGUGGUCGGCGGUGCAACGGGUGCACGUGCACGUGUGUCGAGAAUUCCACAAGAUGGCGGCACAAUGUUUGUUUUGCUCCACGAUUCCCACGUGCUUGCAUGAGUGAUAAUCGAGAUAUUUAAAGUGCAUAUGGUCCAUUUAACAGACGUUUCUUUAUAAAUGAGGUGGAAUUAGAGAGCAAAAGUGGGAUGAAAUCGAAAAGUUUUUAUGAGCUGAGGUUGGACGAUCGACUAUUGAAGGUAAAGCCGUUUGAUGGGUUUUUUCCAAUUCCCUCGGUUGAGGGAGGUUAAAGUGUCUUCUACUCAAAGGUAUACGUGGAAGGAAGGCCAGGUCGGAAUUGAACCACACGGACCUUUGAGUUUCUAAUCACUCGCGCAGCCUCGGAGUCACGCGUCAUCCCCAGUAAAGCCGUUUAAUAAAUGUCGAGGUUAUAUGUUUAGAUUAUACACAAAAACUGUGAGAGGUUCAAAAAUUACUUCGAGGACAAUCCGUGAAAUUUGCUGGAAUUGCAGAUGCGGUGGAUAUCCAGCGGCCAGCUUUUAGUAACUUUUGACGUCUGUAGGGAGUGCUGCGCACGCAUCGCUCUCGAGAUCCCAUUCGCCUGCCGAUCUCUCGUCUACGUUGCACGCGCCGGAGAGACGUUCACGCUUUUGUUUGUCAGUGCUGUUACCGCUGGUGCCGUUCCGAGCAGCUCCGAGCGUGCGACUGCGUCGCGUUGCGUGCGGUGACAAAGUUGUGGGUAAACAAAGGCGCGUAUAUUCGGCGUGCGCCACCGGAGUUUUAUGUACGGCGCGAACAUGCGCGAGCGCGAGGAGUUCUCGAGGUGUUUCCUACCGGGCCAGCCAGCCCAGGUCUCGCUGCCGCCGCCGCCACCGCCGUCGCCACGGGCCCCAGGCUUGGACGCUCUGCACAGCCUCUGCAAGCAGAUCUACCCGGACCAGAGUAAUCCUCUGACGGUUACGGCGGUCAUAAAAUACUGGUUAGGAGGACCUGAUCCCCUCGACUACAUCAGCAUGUACGCCAAUUCGGGGUAUCCUGAGCUCGGUGUACCUCCACACUGGCAUUACAUCAGUUUAGGACUGUCCGAUUUACACGGCGACGGCAGAUUACAUCCCAAACCUGGUCCAGGCCGUCCCAGCGGAUUCGGAUUCGAGUUGACCUUCCGUCUCGCUCGUGAAAGGGGCGAGACGACGCCGCCCACGUGGCCGGCAAACGUGAUGCAGCAAUUGGCCAAAUAUGUUUUCAAUUCCGGGAACACGCUGAUGCCGGGCGACCACGUCUCUUGGCACGCUCCACUGGACGGCGGAAACGGUUGUAUCACUCAGAUUUUGAUGUCACAGGACCCGCAGCUUCCGACGUCGAUCUCGACGCCCCACGGCGACGUCUCGUUUGUUCAAAUCGUCGGCGUUACUUCUGAGGAAUUGCAGGCGGCUCAACAUUGGAACGGCUUGGGUGUGGUUAAUUUGCUGAGAAGCGCCAGGGGCUGUGGCCCAUGGUUGGUUACGGACAUGAGAAGAAUGCAUUCCGCCAUGGAAGAUGAUCCCUCCAUAGCGGAGAAGAUACAGUGCGGCAUCGAAAGGGACGGGUCGAACACGAGUGGCGUGUCCGCCAAAUGUUGGUGGGUGCAAAUAACAAACGACAGGAGCGCGGAAAGAUACAGGGAGAAAAGGGACGAUUCCGACGAUGACGAAGACGUGAAGCCGAUUGUGAAGACAGAGAGAUUGUCGCCGUGUGAGCAACAGGAUGCCAACGUCUCUGACGAAAAUAGUAUUAGAGCUCUGUCCGGAUUACACCUAACGUUCAACCUUGAGGCUGGCUCGUUAUUGCCGUUGGCGAUAAAGGGCCGCGUGAUGCACGGAAGGCAUUUCACGUUCAAAUCCAUACUGUCCCACUCGGCUGUCACGAUAGUCGCGCCAUCGGUUACGGGCACUUUCGUGUCCAAAGAGAAGCCGUAUGUCGUUCAAGGGCCGUGGCUGCAAGUGCUCCUCUCGGAAGAACUGUCUGAGAAGAUGGCCGAAGAGUUUCAAGUUUUUUUAAACGCGCCAGACAAGAGAGAGAUUCAAUUGCCAAAGACGUUUUCUUGGCCGGAACAUAAUUUAGUCAUCACCAUCAUCAAUGAUUAAAACUGUCCAUCGAUGCAAUCUACGAAGAUCACUCUUCAUGCCGUUUCAUAUAGAUUUAAGUUAAAGAUAGGACAAUGAAAGUAUUAUCGAGCCUCGUUACAGAUCGAACCUUUUUAUUUAUGACUUUUUCCAUGACUCCCUAACGUAAGGUUUUAUAAUUUAUAAAUGUUAUCCUACGCGUUUAAGACACUUGAGCCAUUCAUCAAUGUGCGAAAGCAGAGAUUUGCGCACAUUCCCAGAUUUUGAAAAAAAAAACAAUAUAUUUUUCUAUACACGAAUGUUCCAAUGUCUCUCUUUUACAAAUUGAUGCCUGCUUAUAUUAUACAUGAAAAAUUUCUACAACACUUGUAAAAUUGUUUAAAUCGACAAUAUUGUUAUCUCAAUGCACAAAACGAUAUAUAAAAAAAUGUUGCGAAUUUUUUAUGUAUACUUUACUAUGUAUAUAGUACGAUAUAAAUUAUAUGCUAUUUUACGACGAAAUUUGAUAUGCGCCUUACAUAUUGUUAUAGAUAAUAAAAGUUAAUGUAAAUAUA